UCCCAAUACAGACCAGCUUCUCCAGGAGGACAAGUGAGAGGGUUUAUCCGUCCCGCCACGAUGCAGACAGAGCCGACAUACGGGCAGGCGUCCGCAGCUGACUGUGAUUAAGGCGCUGAGAAUUUAAGUCCUUAAUCUAAUAUGUAGCCACGAAAUGCGCGAGUCUUCUACUUAAGUGGUUAAGGGAUUUUGUCGAAGCAGAGACAUACAAAUUUUGUUUCCAGAGAUUCGUCACUGAUAAUUACCUCAAACCAACGUGCUCGUGUUAAAUCAGCGUUUAUAUUCUAUUUUACAGUAAGGGUAGGCUGCAUCGCUGGACUUGGUUAUUGGAUUAUAAUUUUAGACGAAGAUUUUUCUCAUUUUUUGAUUGUAGCGUUUCCAUCCGUGUUUUUUUUACACGGGAUAAAUGUUAUAGAAUGAACGUAAAGACCUUCCCCUUUGCCUAUGAUACCAGAGGUGGCUUUAAGGUGUCCAGAGAAUGGUGAAUGACCGGUUGAAAAUCAUGAACAGCGCUUCAGAACUCGGAGAAGGAUCACAACAUAAGUCAAAGAGCACCUGCAGUUACCUCCUUUGGACAACCUUGCUCUUCGUGAUUGUUCUGCUUGCUGUCGCAGUUACGGGCACCAUCCUAUUUAUGAACAAUUACCAAGCCCCACCCAUGCCGAAUGGCCAGCCACUCAUCAGAACCAAUCAGGGUGAAGGAAAUGCCCUAGUUACCGUGGAAAGGGGUGAUGGCUCCCACAUAAACAUCUUCAUUGACCCUAACUGUCCUGACUACAACAAGAACUUCCUGCGGUUGGAGGGUGCUCACACUUCGCUACUGCACUCACUCACUGACCAUGACUCUGACCUUAAAGGCCAGAAGGGUCAAGACCAUGUCCUUCUGGUCAACCUGGCGGACCAGCUGAAGAAGCUGUCUGUUCAUGCCAGCCAGCUGAAGAUGGACUACGAAUCACUAAGGCAUGGUCAGGGGAAUCUGGGACAGGAUCUGAAAGUACUCCAAACUGAGCAGGGCCAACUCGUCCAGCUGAUGUCAGAGAGCCAGGUUAACAUGGUGAAUGUGGUGAACUCCGUGAAUGAGGCACUCAGCUCCCUGCAGAAGGAGACAAGCAGCAUGAAAAACAGACUGAAGGCUGACCUCCAGAGAGCUCCUACCCGUGGGGCUCGACCCAAAGCCUGUGCCAAUGGAUCCAGACCACGAGACUGCAGCGACAUCUAUGCCAGUGGACAAAGAGAGAAUGGGAUCUAUUCCAUCUUUCCCACACACCACCCAUCAGGUUUCCAGGCCUUCUGUGAUAUGACAACAGAUGGAGGAGGCUGGACAUUUCCAGAAAGGCAGGGAUUAAGACUGGACAUGUGGCGUGUAAAGCAGGACUUACUGCAAGAGGUUUUUCAGCGCAGGGAGGAUGGAUCGAUCAGCUUUUUCCGUGGAUGGGACGCAUACCGUAAUGGAUUUGGAAAGAUCACUGGAGAACACUGGUUGGGUUUGAGGCAGAUCUAUGCCUUGACCAUCCAGGCCAACUACGAACUCCGGAUUGACCUAGAGGACUUCGAGAACAACACUGCCUUUGCAAAGUAUGGUACUUUCGGAGUGGGCCUCUUCUCUGUGGACCCAGAUGAUGAUGGAUACCCUCUGACCAUUGCUGAUUACUCCGGCACUGCAGGUGACUCCUUGCUGAAACACAAUGGGAUGAAGUUCACCACUACAGACCAGGAUAACGAUCACUCUGAGAAUAACUGUGCCUCCUUUUACCAUGGGGCCUGGUGGUACCGUAACUGCCACACCUCCAAUCUGAACGGACAGUACCUGAAUGGGCAGCACACCUCCUAUGCUGACGGCAUUGAGUGGUCAUCCUGGACCGGCUGGCAGUACUCACUCAAGUUCUCUGAGAUGAAAAUUCGGGCUACAUAAGGAGGAAAACAAGUGAUCAGGAGUGAGAAACCGUGAGAAACAUGCUGACCCAAUGAGAAACACACAGACUCUAUUAAGGAAAUAUGACUCUGUGAGAGAUGCUAAUUCACUGGUUAUAAAGAAUUCUGACUGUGAGGACCACAUUGGCUCCAGAGGUGUGGUGAUGGCAGGCAAAGGGUGGUUAGUAAAAAUGAGUAUGUGAGUUUGCAGGGUUGCUUUCUCUGUCCUGAUCUCAAUGUUUUAACCAACUGUGGUCAUCAUUAAUAAUGAUUAUCGACCAUUUGUUCAGUCUGACACAGGUAUAGGUGUUAAUUUGAAGACUUCGAACCGGCCUGUGCGUAGGAUAUUCCACCUAAUUAGAUCAAGUUUUGCUUUUUUUUUCUUGUUGAUACCUAACGUCUGCAGAUAUGUAUGACCUGGGCUUAUAUUGGCAGAUAUCCAUAUCUGGCUCCCAUACACGCACUGUCCUCAAACCAAUCUGGGAAUGAGAUACCCAGUGCAUCUCUGACCACUUAUUGAAACCCACCAAUGCAAUACCAUACAAUCACUGCAACGUCAUCACUAUUGCAACCCGCCACAGCACCAUGACACCAUCACUACAGCUUAUCACUCCAAGACCACCAACACUUCAGCAAGUCACAGCAACACUUCACCAUCAAUGCAACCACUCGCAUGAACCAUUCACCAUAAUGAAAUAGACAAACAUAUUGAGGGAGUGUGAUGUUUCCACUCCUUCAGGUAGCUGAUCUGAAAGGAACAAAGAGGUUAAUAUAGAAGUCUGUCACACUGACACACUAAAAACAUGAGAACUGAGGUGCUUCUUUGCGCAGAAAGUGGAGUAUUAAUGCGGCACUAGGAUUCUGUUAUAAUGUUUGUAUAUACCUUGAAAUCACCACGUGCCAUGUUAGGACUGAUUGGUAAACUGAAUGCCAACAACAUUAUAGGGAGAAGUGCUUCAUUUCUUUGAUUGACUCUCUCAGUAUAGUAGUUUCACUGUUGACCAGACCCGCAGUACACAUUACUUCAGUUGUUUGAAUGAUUCUACCCCAACCAUGCCAAGAGGCUACAGAUUAAAUUUAUUCUGUGUUUUCAGCUUUUCCCAUAGUAAACCCCACUCUAUCUGUGCAUGAGGACCCUGCUGUUCCUAACAUUGUUUUGUGUUUUCAUUUCGAAGAAGGGCUCUUUUCAUUUUGUGAUAUAACAGUUUUUGUUAUUAAUCUGUCCUGGAAACCCUGAAUUUUGGUACUGUUCAUAUAUAUUAUGUGAUUUUCUAAUUGCAAAGCAUUAAGCAAUUAUGUAAUAGGUAAUAUAUCCAAGGCAACUUCCUGCUGCCUGCAAAAAUGUAGUGUGUGUCAUGUCAAAUGUGAGAUUGCCUUUCAUUCUGUAUUGUUCAUUACCCUUUGAUAUGUCGGAAUGCUUAGUGGCUGAAGUGAAUCAGACCUUAAUGGUGUAAAUCUUAUGCAAAGGUAAGCAAACCCUGGUUGAACGACUAGUUCCUUAAUUUUUUGUCCUGACAGGAAUUCAAGGUGUGGCAAUAGAGUGAGACCAUUCAGGAAUUACUUUUGGAAUAGAUUUUCAUUACAUAGAUUCUCUUCAUAUUAUAAAACAAUUAAUUUAUGAAGGUAUUAAUGUGCAUUCAUGUUUUAUGUUUGUGAAGGCUUUGCAGGCUGUAUAUUUAUUGUAUGCAGAACACAUUUUACUUUCAACUUUUCCAAAUGAGGAGCAACUAUGAGUAAUCAGGCACUGUGUAUUGUACGUUUUUAUUACUAUUGUUGUUGCUGGUUAUUGUAAUAUAUCUCAUUGCUAAACCCCAUUAGAUCACCAAUGUGAACGGUAGGUGUACUUGCAUCAGUGGCUAAAACCUAAGUUGUAUGAAUCAACUUGUUUGAGGUGUAAAACACCCUGUCAUAAAGACUUGUACAACUGAACCAUAAACUCCUAAUACAGUGGACACCUGUUCCACAGGAUCAAAUCUAAGUAGUCUUUCCCAACCCUG